AUGUUGGCGAUGGUGAAUAAGGUGUUGGAUUGGAUCCGAAGUCUAUUUUGGAAGGAGGAAAUGGAACUCACAUUGGUUGGACUUCAAAAUUCCGGGAAAACCACUUUUGUCAAUGUUAUCGCUGUAAGUUGCUCAAUUUCAAUGAUUUUUACACGAAAAUAUGUGUUUUAGAGCGGUCAAUUCACUGAAGAUAUGAUUCCAACUGUUGGUUUUAAUAUGCGCAAAAUCACCAAGGGAAAUGUCACCAUCAAAUUGUGGGAUAUCGGAGGUCAACCGCGUUUCCGAUCAAUGUGGGAGCGAUAUUGUCGUGGUGUGAAUGCUAUCGUUUUUAUGGUUGAUUCAGCAGACGAGGAGAAGUUGGAGGUAUGGAAAUUUCACAUCAGAAGCUCUGAAAAUCAUAUGAUUUUUGGCUUGAAAUUGAUUUUCCAGGGUUCUCGCAACGAAUUAAUGCAACUUUUGGACAAACCACAACUCGAAUCAAUUCCAGUUUUGGUUUUGGGGAACAAAAAAGAUUUGGAAGGUGCUUUGGAUGAGCGACAACUUAUUGAAAGAAUGUGAGUGGUUUUUUUUUAAUGAAAAAUGAAAAAAAAAACAUUGCAGGAACUUGUCGGCAAUUCAAAAUCGCGAAAUUUGUUGCUAUUCGAUCUCGUGCAAAGAAAAGGAGAAUAUUGGUGAGUUUUUUGGGGGAAAUUUGAAUUUCUGGAAUUCGCCGGGGAGUUUGAGCGCGGGAGAUGGGAAAAUUUGAAUUUCCCGCGAUUUUUGACCUAGAAAUGUACAUUUCCUGUACUCCCAGAAAAUUUAAUUUUUCGAACUCCCGCGUGAUUUUGAGCGCGGGAAGUCAGAAUAUUUGAAUUUUUGAUCUAGAAAUGUCCAUUUCCUGUACUCCCACGAUUUAACUACCAGAAAAUUGCAUUUUUCAAAUUCACGGGUGAUUCGGAGCGCGGGAGAUAGGAAAAUUUGAAUUUCCCGCGAUUUUUUACCUAGAAAUGUCAAUUUUCUGUCCUCCCACGAUGUAAAUACCAGAAAAUUGAAUCUUCCGGAUUUUGAGCGCGGGAAAUCAGAAUAUUUGAAUUUUUGACCUAGAAAUGUCCAUUUUCUGUACUCCCAUGUUGUAACUAUCUCAAAAAAUCAACAUUUUCUUCCAGAUAUCACUCUCCAAUGGCUUAUCGAUCAUUCAAAGGCGCAACGCUAA